AUGUAUGCACCGGAAGUAACCACAACACUGGAGAGGAACUUCUAUGUUGAUGAUCUAUUAAAGUCAACAAACAACAAGGAAAAUGCAGUUUUGCUUUGUAAGGAUCUCCGAGAAAUGCUCGGUCGAGGUGGAUUCAGACUUACAAAGUGGAUGUCGAACUGCCAAGAAGUUGUUGAUUCAAUCCCACCGGAAGAGCGAGCAAAACCGUCCCUAACUGUCAAUCUAGAAGAUGACAACGAGUUCGAAAGAACACUCGGUCUUCAGUGGAACAUCCGAGAUGAUGCUUUCUUUUUUGACGUACAUCUGAAAGAAAAGGCGCCUACACGAAGAGGAGUUUUAUCUGUAGCGAGCUCCUUAUACGAUCCGUUAGGGUUUGUAGCUCCAGUGACAUUGAUUCCGAAGUUGAUACUACAGAACGCAUGUCGUCAAGGCUUAACGUGGGAUCAAAAACUUAAUGAAUCCGACAUAGAAAAGUGGUGUGAUUGGCUUACAAAUUUGCCAAAGUUGUCAUCUGUCAAAAUUGAAAGGUGUCUAAAGGCGGGUGACCUUGAUAUCUGGUCAUGCAAUAUAGAGCUGCAUAUGUUCAGUGAUGCUUCACAAUUCGCCUACGGAGCAGCAGCAUACAUUAAGAUAUAUGACAGACAAGGAAACGGCAAAUGUUCAUUUGUGAUGGGGAAAUCUAGGUUAGCGCCCAUCAAGACCGUAACCAUACCGAGACUUGAAUUAGCAGCUGCAGUAGUAUCGGUAAAAUUGUUUCAGAUGCUGAUUAAAGAACUGGACACAAAGGUCGACAACUGCUAUUUUUGGACCGACUCAAUGAUUGUUUUAGGGUAUGUUCGAAAUACUUCACGGCGUUUUAAGACGUAUGUAGCUAACAGGUUAGCUCUUAUUCAUGAACUGACUUCCCCAAAUGAUUGGAGGUACGUGCCCACAAACAUGAAUCCAGCUGACUUAGCUUCCAGGGGUGUACACCCGGAGGAAGGAGGGAAACUUUUUAUAUGGUUGAACGGACCAAAAUUUCUAAACAUGGAGAAAGAUGAUUGGCCACAUGAACCUGAUGGAAUCACGACGGAGUACGAAGAUGUUGAAAUGAAACCAGCUGUAGUGACUAGUAUGGUCCAGUCUCAAUGCCAGGACGUGGUAUCUGAUAUCCUAAACAGAUAUUCAGAUUGGUAUAAACUGCAACGAGCUGUUGCUUGGCUGCUUAGGUUGAAGACAUUUAUGAUACACAGAUACUUGAAACAUGAAACAAAGGAGAUAUUUACAGGUGGUUGUUUGUCACUGAAAGAAAUUAAAACUGCUAGGAAGUUGAUACUAAUGAAGGUGCAGGAAAGUGCCUACGGUGACGAAUUUAGUAAACUGACUUCAAAUAAGAAGAUAGCAACAUCAAGCUCGCUUGUAAAACUGUGUCCAGAGCUUAAUGAGGGUCUGUUACGAGUUGGCGGGCGAUUUCAGUACACUGAAUUUUCCGAGGAUAGCAAACAUCCGAUCAUUUUACCAAGCAAACACCACGUGACAGAACUUAUAGUACGGAAAUAUCACGAGGUUAAUCAUCACAUGGGAGCUCAUCAUGUAUUAUCGUUGACUCGACAGUCGUAUUGGAUAAUUCACGGAAUAAGGACAGUGAAACAUGUAGUCAGUGCAUGCAUGGAUUGUAAACGGCGCUUCAGGAAAACACAACGACAGCAGAUGGCACCGUUGCCAGUUGAGAGGCUUACUCCGGACAAACCUCCAUUUACGUAUGUUGGUGUGGACUAUUUCGGGCCUAUGUAUGUCAAGGUCGGUCGUAGCCAACAGAAACGAUACGGGUGCCUGUUUACCUGCUUGACGACACGAGCAGUACAUAUUGAAAUCGCACAUAGUUUAGGAACAGACUCGUUUGUAUGUGCAUUGCAACGUUUCAUGAGUAGAAGGGGAAAACCAGAAAAGAUUUUCAGCGAUAAUGGUACUAAUCUUACUUCCGGAGAAAGGGAAUUAAGAGCAGAAAUUGCCGAAUGGAACCAGAGUCGUAUCAUGAAUGAAUUGGUGCAGAAAGACAUAGAAUGGCAGUUCAUUCCUCCAUAUGCGAGUCAUAUGGGUGGAGUGUGGGAAAGACUGGUUCAGUCAGUAAAGAGAGCCUUAAAAUCGGUAAUCAAAGAGCAGCUUUUGAAUGACGAAGCACUAAAUACUCUCAUGACGGAGACAGAAAAGAUUGUAAAUGACAGACCGAUUACAAAGGUGUCUGGCGGCGUUUCUCUUUUGAUGGGUUUGGCCGCCAGUUUCCAUUCUUGA